GUCAUUGAAAGGAAUGGAUUCCGUAGGCAUGUAUUCAUGGGCCAAUCUUCCUUCCUGCAAUGUACCUAAUGUGGCAAUUGCAGAGAAUACACUCACCAUGGUAACUUCGUUAGGUUUGAUCCCACUAGCUACCAUUUUAUGGAAGAGUUCAAGAGCCAUUUUGGGCUGUUCGGUUUGUGCAUAGCCAGAAAUCAUGGUACUCCAUGAAAUACAUCUCUUUCAGGCAUCACAUCAAAGGUUUUCCUUGCCUGAUCAAUCAUUCCAUUUUUUAUGAAUCCAGCGACAAGAGCAUUCCAUGAUUCUAAGUGAUCCUUUACACCCACUUCAAAUUGCAAACACGCACAGUCCAUCGUUCCACAAGCUGCAUAAAAAUAGAUGAUUGUAGUCUGUAUAAUCAAGCUAUUUUGAACGAAAGUGUUGGAGUGUAGUCCAAGUUUCAAACAGAGCGUAUGAAUUUGGCGACCUUGAGAGAUGAAGGAGAGAGAGAGAGAGGAACAUGAUUUGAGUGCGGAAACUAAUGCAAGUUCGCAUUCGGAAUGGUUUUGUUGGUGUCUUGCAUUGGUGAAAAUGCGAAUGAAGUGUUGUGGAGGGGUUGUUGUUUUGGUUGAAGUGGAAGAUGAAAUCCAGAUGAUUGCUCUUGCUUUAUUGAAAUAUUUGCAUAAACAUAUAUGUGCCAAAUUAAGCAUCAUCUUCUCUUUUAAUAUUAGCAUAUAAAAGCCAGAUGAUUGCUCUUGCUUUAUUGAUAUUAUCAUUCAAGGCUUUUGGUAGUUCAAUUUAAACCUAUAUAUGGAUUCAGACUAUUAAAUACCAAAUAUACAUUUAUUUGUGGAUAUAAUUUUUAUUAUUUAUUUGUUUUUUGAUUUGAAUAUGACCAGAAAUGCCUAGAGUUGUUUUUGUUCCCUAAUUCUAAGAGAAAGAUAGAAGCAAGAUAAAAUGCACCGUAGGUGUUUGAUAAAAUGUUCAUGAGAAAAAUUUAGUUCCUAUUUCAUUAUAAUUUUGUAACCACUUUUUGGAUAUAAUGAAUUGAGGUUGCACUUUUAAUAAUUUGAAGUUCUAUGAAAAGUAGUAUAAUGAAUUGAACAAUUGAGCAUGCACAAAUAUUUAAUUUACUUAUAACCUGCAAAUUUUAAAGAGAACUGGGCUAUUCUCUACUAAUAUUUAGUUAUCAUUAAUAUUCUAAGCUGUGUGUAAUUGUUUGUUCUUCUGUUCAAUGUUAGGAGCCUCAUUGUUCAUUGAACUGAAAUAUAAAGAACAAGCUUUUGAUGAAAAGAUUGAGAAAAUUUUCAAUUUGGCUGAGAAGGUGGAUUCAGAAUUCAUUUCUGUUGGUAAGGCUGCUGUUGGAAACUUAUUGGGUGGCAUCCGCUACUUCUAUGGCCAAUCAAAAAUUGCUUUGUCAAGAACCCUUAAUGAUAUAUGCCAUUGUUUAUUCACGAACAACGUUGUCCAGCUGGUUUUGGGUUUCUGGUUUUGGGUUUCAAACAAGUUAAGCAAGCUGUUGGAGCAGUGUAACUUGCUGCAGAAUGGCAUAGAUAAGAAGCUGUUUGUAUACUUCUGAUAGGCACCUAUCUUUUUUUCGUUGCCGUGUAUGUAUCUUUCAUGCAUAUUACUAAUCAAACAUGUUUUCAUCCUGAUACAUAAAAAUAUAAAGAAGCAUGCAUGAA